AUGAUUUAUUGCCUUUUUCUAUAUAUAGCACAAAAGUUCUGCGCGUACGCAUUAUUUUCGUACGAUACGACGUUAGCUGUUGGCGGUGCUGUUGCACUCGUUGCAGGAGCAGUCAUUCAUCGUCACAAGGACAAAUUAUCAUCAUUUCUUGUAGAAAACCUUACUAACGAAGAAAUGCAUCAACGUGUCAAUUGGGAAGAAAUGACUAUUCCGGCUAAGACACAAGGAUGUUCGGAAGCACGUGUAGCUGCCACACUUGGUUCGCGACCAUUGUUUUCUACCGGUAAAUCUGGCAAUACUGUUUUUACAACAUUCUAUGAAGGAUUCAAAGUCGGCAAAGAAAUCGCUAACAAACAAGGAGAUGGAAAGUGUUUGGGAUACCGAGUAGAUCGUCAAUCAGAUUAUCAAUGGGUAACAUACGAUGAAACAGAACGUACUGCCACAGAAAUCGGCAGUGCACUUAUCCAUAUGGGAGAAAAACAUGGACAAGAUACAUUCAUUGGUAUCUAUGCAAAUAACAGUGUUGAAUGGAUGACUACAGCAAUUGCAUGUCAUUUUCAUAGUAUGAUUUAUGUACCUCUUUAUGAUACACUUGGAGAACCAGCUAUCGUCCAUAUUAUUAAUCAGACUUCAUUGAAAACUGUUUUUGCUGAUAAAGCUGAAAAUAUUUUAACGUUACUUAAACUUAUUGAUCAAGUUCCAACAUUAAAACGAAUUGUAUUAACGAAAAAACUAGAAAACAGCAAAGAAACUGAGAUUAGAAACAAAGCUAAACAAAUCGGAAUUGAAAUCAUGACAUACAGUGAAUUACGAGAACUUGGUCAAUCAAAACCAGUUGCACAUCAUCCACCAAAAGCUGAUGACAUCUUCGAAAUUUGUUAUACAAGUGGAACAACUGGUCUGCCGAAAGGUGCUAUGCUAACAAACAAAAAUAUCGUUUCUUUGGUACAAUCGGCAACUGAAUUCUUCCAACCUGUUUUCAGUGAAUUGGAAACAUUAAUUUCAUAUCUACCAUUAGCUCAUUCAUAUGAACAAACAAUCGAACUCUACUGUUUAUGCAAUGGCUUCAAAAUUGGUUAUUACAUGGGUGAUGUUCGUCAAUUAGCUGAUGAUCUUACUCACUUGAAACCCACAUUAAUGCCAUGUGUACCACGACUUCUCAAUCGAAUGUAUGAUAAUAUUCAAGCAACUAUUCGCCAAUUGAGUCCACUAAAACGGGUUUUAUUUCAAAUGGCCUUGUCAGCAAAAGGAAACGAUGUUGAUAAACACCGUGUGACACGUCACAUGCUCUGGGAUGGUUUAGUUUUGAAACGUAUUCAAGAACGUCUCGGUGGACGAGUGAAAUUAAUCGUGAGCGGUGCUGCACCCUUAUCACCCGCCAUUCUUCAAUUUCUUAAACGUGUUUGUGGAGCCUAUGUCAUCGAAGGUUAUGGUCAAACUGAAUGCUGUGGUGUAUCAACUUGUCAAACAUUGGGCGAUUCAUCCGUUGGUAACAUCGGUGUGCCAUUACAUUGUAACAUGAUCAAAUUGGCUGAUGUACCCGACAUGCAGUACUUUUCCAAAGAUAAUGUUGGAGAAUUAUGUAUCAAAGGCUCCAAUGUAUUCAAAGGCUACUAUCGCGAUGAAGAAAAAACGCGAGAAGCUAUUGAUAGCGAAGGCUGGUUACACACAGGUGAUAUUGCUAAAUGGACACCGACUGGUCAAAUUCAAAUUGUUGAUCGAAAGAAACAUAUGUUUAAAUUAGCUCAGGGCGAAUAUGUUGCACCAGAACGUAUUGAAAAUAUUUAUAUUCACAGCAAAUAUAUUGCUCAAGUUUUUGUCUUCGGCAAUGGUUACAAGAGUUAUACAGUUGGCAUCAUUGUUCCUGAUGCAGAAAUCCUCGAAAAAUAUGCUCGAGACAAGAAUAUCUCAGGUGAUAUUGCAGCAUUGUGUAAGAAGAAAGAGAUCAAAGACUUAAUCUUCGCUGAUAUGAAACAAUUGGAGAAAGAAAACUCAUUGAAAGGUUUCGAAAUGGUCAAAGAUAUCUACCUCCAUCCUGAACCAUUCUCUGUCGAAAAUAACCUUUUAACACCAACCAUGAAAACCAAACGACCUGAAUUGGGCAAAUACUUCGAAAAAGAAAUCGAAGAAAUGUAUAAGAACAUCGAAUAG